CCUACCGCCGCGGCUGCAGCCCGACAGUGGGGGGGCUCCCCGGCAGGGACCCCCCACUCCAUGUGUAUCAGCUCGGGCGGAGGAGGAGGCGACUGAGAAGAUGACCGCCCUGCGUCCUGCCCCGCUCUGCCUGCUGCUGGGUUUCUGGUUGUGCCAGGGCGCGCCCACCUUAGCAAUACAAUGUCGAGAUGCUUUCAAGCCCUGUGUAAAUGAAGGAAAAUGUGUUACCUACAAUAAUGGUACAGGAUACUGCGAGUGUCCAGCAGGCUUCCUGGGGGAAUACUGCCAACAGCUGGAUCCCUGCGACAGGACCAAAUGCCAGAAUGGAGGAACCUGUGUGGCUCUGGCCAUGCAGGGGAAAGCCACAUGCCGCUGCGCGCCAGGCUUCACGGGUGAGGACUGCCAGUACUCCACCUCCCACCUGUGCUUUGUCUCUCGCCCCUGCCAGCACGGAGGUACUUGUCAGAUGCGUAGCCGAGACACGUAUGAAUGCAUCUGCCCACCGGGCCGUACAGGAAAGCACUGCCAGUGGAUAGACGCCUGCUUGUCUCAGCCAUGUGCAAAUGGAAGCACAUGUACCACGAUAGCCAACCAGUUCUCCUGUAGCUGCCCAGCAGGCUACACAGGACAGAGAUGUGACAUUGACGUGAAUGAAUGUGACACUGCCGGGCGCUGCCAACAUGGCGGCACAUGCCUCAACCUGCCGGGCUCUUACCAGUGCCAAUGCUCACAGGGUUUCACUGGGCAGCACUGUGACAGUCCCUACGUGCCAUGUGCACCUUCACCAUGUGUGAAUGGCGGGACUUGCCGGCAGACUGGUGACUUUACCUUUGAAUGCAACUGCUUGCCAGGUUUUGAAGGAACCACUUGUGAGAAGAAUAUUGAUGACUGUCCCAACCACAAUUGUCAGAAUGGCGGAGUUUGUGUUGACGGGGUCAAUACUUACAAUUGUCGCUGUCCUCCACAGUGGACAGGUCAGUUUUGCACAGAGGAUGUGGACGAAUGCCAGCUGCAGCCCAACGCUUGUCAGAAUGGAGGUACCUGCACCAAUCACAAUGGGGGCUAUGGUUGUGUCUGUGUCAAUGGAUGGAGUGGUGAUGACUGCAGUGAGAAUAUUGAUGACUGCGCCUUUGCGGCCUGCACUCAGGGCUCCACCUGCAUUGACCGUGUGGCCUCCUUCUCCUGCACAUGCCCAGAAGGAAAGGCGGGUCUUCUGUGUCACCUGGAUGAUGCAUGCAUUAGCAACCCAUGCCACAAGGGGGCGCUGUGUGACACCAACCCCCUGAAUGGGCAGUACAUCUGCACCUGUCCACAAGGCUACAAGGGGGCUGCCUGCACCGAUGAUGUGGAUGAAUGUGCCAUGGCCAAUAGUAAUCCUUGUGAACAUGCGGGAAAAUGUGUGAACACAGAAGGCGCCUUCCACUGUGAGUGUUUGAAGGGUUACACAGGACCCCGCUGUGAGAUGGACAUCAAUGAGUGCCAUUCAGAUCCUUGCCAGAAUGAUGCCACCUGCUUGGACAAAAUUGGAGGGUUCACAUGCCUCUGCAUGCCAGGUUUCAAAGGCGUGCAUUGUGAAUUGGAGAUAAAUGAGUGUCAGAGCAACCCUUGUGUGAACAAUGGUCAGUGUCUAGAUAAAGUCAACCGCUUCCAGUGUGUCUGUCCCCCUGGUUUCACUGGAUCAGUCUGCCAGAUUGACAUCGAUGACUGCUCUAGUACUCCAUGCCUAAAUGGUGCAAAAUGCAUUGACCAUCCCAAUGGAUAUGAAUGCCAGUGUGCUACAGGUUUCACUGGACUCCUGUGUGAGGAGAACAUUGACAACUGUGACCCUGAUCCCUGUCACCAUGGCCAGUGCCAGGACGGGAUUGAUUCCUACACCUGCAUCUGCAAUGCCGGAUACAUGGGGGCCAUCUGCAGCGAGCAGAUCGAUGAAUGCCUGAGCAGCCCUUGCUUGAAUGAAGGACGCUGCAUCGACCUGGUAAACGGCUACCAGUGCAACUGCCAGCCUGGCACAUCAGGGGUGAAUUGUGAAAUUAAUUUUGAUGACUGUGCAAGUAAUCCCUGUGUCCAUGGGAUCUGUAUGGAUGGGAUUAAUCGCUACAGUUGUGUCUGUUUAUCAGGAUUCACAGGACAAAGAUGCAAUGUUGACAUUGAUGAGUGCACCUCGAACCCAUGCCGCAAGGGCGCAACAUGCAUCAAUGAUGUGAAUGGUUUCCGUUGCAUCUGCCCAGAAGGACCUCACCACCCCAGUUGUUAUUCACAAGUGAAUGAAUGCCUCAGUAAUCCCUGCAUCCAUGGGAACUGUACAGGUGUUGCCAGUGGGUACAAGUGCCUCUGUGAAGCAGGCUGGGUUGGCACCAGUUGUGAAGUGGACCAAAAUGAAUGUCUCUCCAAUCCCUGCCAGAAUGGAGGAACCUGUGACAACUUGGUGAAUGGAUACAGGUGUACCUGCAAGCAGGGCUUUAAAGGUUACAAUUGUCAAGUCAACAUUGAUGAGUGUGCUUCAAAUCCGUGCCUUAAUCAGGGCAUCUGCACUGAUGAUGUAAAUGGCUAUACUUGUCAGUGUAUGCUUCCAUAUACAGGCAAGAACUGUCAGAUGGUGCUGGCCCCUUGCAAUCCCAACCCAUGCGAGAAUGCUGCCAUUUGUCAAGAAUCUGCAAAUUUUGACAGUUACACCUGCCUGUGUGCUCCUGGCUGGCAAGGGCCUCGGUGUAAUGUGGACAUUGAUGAGUGCGUCUCCAAGCCAUGUAUGAACCGUGGCGUCUGCCAUAACACAGAAGGCAGUUACCUGUGCAAGUGUCUCCCGGGCUUCACUGGUGUGGACUGUGAAGAAGACAUUGACGACUGCCUUGCUAAUCCCUGUCAGAAUGGUGCUUCCUGUGUAGAUGGAGUGAACACCUUCUCGUGCCUUUGUUUGCUGGGGUUCAAUGGGGAUAGAUGUCAAACAGACAUGAAUGAGUGUCUGAGUGAACCCUGCAAGAAUGGAGGAACCUGCUCUGACUAUGUCAACAGUUACACCUGCAAGUGCCAGGCGGGGUUCGAUGGACCUCACUGUGAGAACAACAUCGAUGAGUGCACUGAGAGUUCUUGCUUCAAUGGAGGCACGUGUGUGGAUGGAAUCAACUCCUUUUCUUGUCUGUGCCCCAUGGGUUUCACUGGUCCAUUCUGCCUUCAUGAGAUCAAUGAGUGCAACUCUCAUCCAUGCCUGAAUGAGGGCACUUGCAUUGAUGGCCUGGGGACCUACCAUUGCAACUGCCCAUUGGGCUAUACAGGGAAAAACUGUCAGACCCUUGUGAACCUGUGUAGCCGGUCACCAUGUAAAAAUAAAGGCACCUGCACUCAGAGAAAAGCAGAGUCCCAGUGUCUGUGUCCGCCUGGGUGGACUGGGGCUUAUUGUGAUGUGCCCAAUGUCUCCUGUGAGGUGGCUGCGUCGCGCAGAAAAGUGCCUGUUGAUCGCCUGUGUCAACACUCUGGGACAUGCAUCGAUGCUGGCAACACUCACCACUGCCAGUGCCCCCUGGGCUACACAGGCAGCUACUGUGAGGACCAGCUGGAUGAAUGUGCCUCCAAUCCCUGCCAGCAUGGAGCCACAUGCAGAGAUUAUGUUGGAGGCUAUAGAUGUGAGUGUGUACCAGGUUACCAAGGUGUCAACUGUGAAUAUGAGGUAGAUGAAUGCCAAUACCAGCCAUGUCAGAAUGGAGGGACUUGCAUUGACCUGGUGAACCAUUUCAAGUGUUCCUGCCCACCAGGCACUCGAGGCCUACGGUGUGAAGAGAACAUUGAUGACUGUGCUCCCGAUGCAGGGGGCCCUCACUGCCUCAAUGGUGGGCAGUGUGUGGAUAAGAUCGGUGGCUACACCUGCCGUUGCCUUCCUGGCUUUGCUGGCGAGCGUUGUGAAGGGGAUAUCAAUGAGUGCCUCUCCAAUCCCUGCAACCCUGAAGGCAGCCUGGACUGUAUCCAGCUCAUCAACAACUACUCAUGCAUCUGCCGGAGUACCUUCACUGGCCGACACUGUGAGACCUUCCUGGAUGUCUGUCCCCAGAUGCCGUGUCUGAAUGGAGGCGUUUGUGCAGUUGCCAGCCACACACCCAGUGGCUUCAUCUGCCAUUGUCCUCCGGGCUUCUCAGGGGCAAGAUGCCAGAGUACCUGUGGACACAUGAAGUGUAAGAAAGGGGAGCAGUGUGUGCACACCACCUUGGGGCCGCGCUGCUUCUGCCCCCGGCCUGAGGACUGUGAGACGGGUUGUGCUAGCAGCCCGUGCCAGCAUGGCGGCAGCUGCUCUCCUCAGAGGAAGCCGCCUUAUUAUACCUGCCAGUGCCCCUCGUCGUUCUGGGGUAGUCACUGUGAGUUCUCCACGGGCCCCACCAACAGCCCCCCGGCCACGUGCCUGAGCCAGCACUGUGUCGACAAGGCGCGGGAUGGCAUCUGUGACGAAGACUGCAACAGUCACGCCUGCCAGUGGGACGGGGGCGACUGUUCGCUCACCAUGGAGGACCCCUGGGCCAACUGCUCCUCCCCGCUGCCUUGCUGGGAUUACAUCAACAAUCAGUGUGACGAGCUGUGCAACACAGCUGAGUGCCUGUUCGACAACUUCGAAUGCCAGGGCAGCAGCAAGACGUGCAAAUAUGACAAAUACUGCGCUGACCACUUCAGUGAUAACCACUGUGACCAAGGUUGUAACAGUGAGGAGUGUGACUGGGAUGGGCUGGACUGUGCCACCGACCAGCCCGAGAACCUGGCUGAGGGCACCCUGGUCAUUGUGGUGCUGCUGCCCCCUGAGCAGCUGCUCCAGGACGCCCACAGCUUCCUUCGGUCACUGGGCACUCUGCUUCACACCAACCUGCGCAUCAAACGGGACUCUCAGGGGGCCCUCAUGGUGUUCCCCUAUUAUGGUGAGAAGACGCCGGCAAACAGAAAGUCAACAGUGAGCCGGAGGUCCCUCCCUGAUGAGCAGGAACGAGAAGUGGCGGGCUCCAAGGUAUUCCUAGAAAUUGACAACCGCCAGUGCGUCCAGGCUUCAGACCAGUGCUUCAAAAACACUGAUGCUGCUGCAGCCUUUCUGGCCUCUCAUGCCAUCCAAGGCACACUCUCCUAUCCUCUUGUAUCUGUCUUGAGUGAGUCUUUGGAUAGCAAGCCAACCCAGCUUCUCUACCUGCUGGCUGUGGCCUUCGUCAUCCUCCUCUUGGUAAUCCUCCUGGGGGUGAUCAUGGCAAAACGCAAGCGUAAGCACGGCUCUCUCUGGCUACCUGAAGGAUUCAUCUUACGUCGGGAUUCCAACAACCAUACACGGCGGGAGCCAGUUGGACAAGAUGCUAUGGGACUGAAAAGCCUGUCAGUCCAAGUUUCAGAGGGUAACUUAAUUGACUCCAGCACCAGUGAACAUUGGGCAGAUGAUGGCGCCCCCCAGCCAAAGAGAAGCAAGGCUGAAGAUCAGGCUUUACUUUCAGAAGAAGAUGACCCAAUAGACAGGCGCCAGUGGACACAGCAGCACCUCGAAGCUGCAGAUAUUAGGAGGACACCAUCCCUGGCCCUCACCCCGCCUCAGGCCGAGCAAGAGGUGGAUGUGCUGGAUGUGAAUGUCAGGGGACCAGAUGGCUGUACGCCGCUGAUGCUGGCAUCUCUUAGAGGAGGCAGUUCUGACUUGAGUGAGGAUGACGAAGAAGCAGAUGACUCCUCAGCUAACAUCAUCACAGACCUGGUUUAUCAGGGGGCCAGUCUCCAGGCCCAGACGGACCGGACUGGAGAGAUGGCUCUGCACCUUGCAGCUCGAUACUCCAGAGCAGACGCCGCCAAGCGUCUCCUUGAUGCAGGCGCAGACGCCAACGCCCAGGACAACAUGGGGCGGUGUCCCCUUCAUGCCGCAGUGGCCGCUGAUGCCCAAGGUGUCUUCCAGAUUUUAAUCCGUAACCGCGUGACAGACCUGGAUGCUCGGAUGCAUGACGGGACAACGCCCCUGAUCCUAGCUGCCCGCCUGGCUGUAGAAGGGAUGGUGGCCGAACUGAUCAACUGCCAAGCAGAUGUUAAUGCAGUGGAUGACCAUGGGAAAUCUGCUCUCCACUGGGCAGCUGCUGUCAACAACGUGGACGCUACUUUGGUGUUGCUGAAAAACGGGGCCAACAGGGACAUGCAGGACAACAAGGAAGAGACACCUCUUUUCCUUGCUGCUCGAGAGGGGAGCUAUGAAGCAGCCAAGAUUCUGUUGGACCAUUUUGCCAACCGGGACAUCACAGACCACAUGGACCGACUCCCCAGGGACGUGGCCCGAGACCGCAUGCACCAUGACAUCGUGCGUCUCUUAAACGAGUACAAUGUGGCCCACAGUCCUCCUGGCACCAUGCUGACCUCAGCCCUCUCACCUGUCAUCUGUGGACCCAACAGAUCUUUCCUCAACCUGAAACACACCCCUGUGGGCAAGAAGCCCAGGCGCCCCCAUGCCAAAGGCACCGUGCCCACCAGUCUACCCAGCCUUGCCAAAGAGGCCAAAGAUUCCAAGGGUGGGCGGAGGAAGAAGUCUCUGAGUGACAAGGGCCAGCUGUCUGAGAGCUCAGUGACCCUCUCCCCGGUUGAUUCCCUGGAAUCUCCUCACACCUAUGUUUCUGAUACCACAUCUUCUCCCAUGAUCACAUCACCUGGGCUCUUGCAAGCAUCGCCAACCCCAAUGCUGGCCACUGCUGCACCACCUGCACCAGUCCACACCCAACAUGCAGUGUCUUUCUCUAACUUACAUGAGAUGCAGCCUCUAGCCCAUGGGGCUAACACAGUACUCCCCUCCGUUAGUCAACUGCUGCCCCAUCAUCACCUCGCGCCACUGAGCAGUAGCAGUGGUGGAAACUCGGGCAGGCUACACCCAGUCACUGUCCCAGCUGACUGGAUGAGUCGGAUGGAGAUGAAUGAGACCCAGUACAAUGAGAUGUUUGGAAUGGUUCUGGCUCCAGCUGAGGGGGCCCACUCUGUCUUGGCACCACAGAACCGGCCAGGGCAGCCUGAUGGGAAGCACAUAGCCACCCCCCGAGAGCCACUGCCCCCCAUCAUGACUUUCCAGCUGAUCCCCAAAGGCAGUAUUGCCCAACCAGCUGGGGCUACCCAGCCACAACCCAAUUGCCCUCCAGCUGUUGCUGGCCCCCUCCCCACUAUGUACCAGAUUCCUGAUAUGGCCCGCUUGCCAAAUGUGGCAUUUCCCACAGGCAUGAUGCCCCAGCAGGAUGGACAGGCAGCUCAGACUGUCCUCCCAUCCUACCACCCGUUCCCAAGCUCUGUGGGUAAGUACCCCACACCCCCAUCACAGCACAGCUAUGCCUCCUCAACCGCUGCUGAGCGGACGCCCAGCCACAGUGGCCACCUACAGGGCGAACACCCUUAUCUGACACCAUCCCCAGAAUCUCCUGACCAGUGGUCUAGUUCAUCCCCUCACUCUGCCUCUGACUGGUCAGAUGUGACCACUAGCCCUACUCCUGGGGGUUCGGGUGGAGGCCAGCGAGGGCCUGGGGCACACAUGGCCGAGCCCCCACCACGCACCAACAUGCAGGUAUAUGCAUGAAAGAGGGUGACCACCCAGUGCUGGGACUGAACUGACGGGCAUGUGGUUAGUGCUGCUGAUGAACAAAAUGAAGGUCGUCCAGGAUGGAAAUGAAGAAACUUUUGGAAAUUGGGCUCCUAGAGCAGGACAAAGAGGGGCUUUCUCUGCCCCUCUCAGAUGUUAAAUGGGAGAUGUCAGUCAUCAUUACCUACCCAUUGGGGGGCACGUGUAUUCCUUUGAAGUCAUGGUUUCUUCCUCAUACCCUGCCAACCAAGACAUUUGGGAAUGAAAAUUGUCCAUUGAUGUCAUGUAUAUUCUUUCCCCAUUGGGAACCCACCGGUUUUAUUGGUUACAGUAUGUCCUUUUUCACAGCUUGGAAUCUUGAAAUAUGUGUGAAGCCCUAGGUUCCUGCCACUUCUGUUGAAUCGACCAAAAGUCAAAAGUCCUCUCUUGGGAACUUAUGUCUUCCCAUUAGGCCUAAAAUGACUUUCCUCACUUUAUCCUUCGAAAUUCCUUUCCCUUCAUUUGGUGCUUGCGUUUCUGCACCUUCUUAUCGUAGUUCUCAUGCCACGUGUCUUAUCUGUGGUUUGGCCACAUCUGUAUAUGUUAUAGAACUAUAUGUAUGUAUUUAAUGCUUUUAAUCGUUCCUACCCAGGAAGGUGAUUUUAGUCUUCUCUUUCCAUAUUCAUUUCCAGAUGCCCCCAGGAGCCUCACAGGGUUUGUUUUGGUUACAAUUCUCACCACUACUUUUCAAAGUGUGUUUCUUCAAGGAAUGUACAUAUACCAUUCUACUCAUUGUAUUUUAACCAGAGGGAGAAUGGAAGGUUGUUAUGUUUUUAUUGCAAGGGUGAUUAAAAUUUCUCCCAUUCUCCUAUCUGCUUUCCAGUGUCAGCCACCUUCAGUGGAGAGAGUGGCCAGGACAACAUAGGUACAUUGAAUUAUACAAAGACAAGAGGAGAAAUGACUCCUUGUCACUUCUGGGAUGUCUGCAUCCAGUAGGUAGUUGGCCCUGUUAUUAAGUUUCCAAGUUUUUUACUCACUGCCAGUGGUGAAACUUGAGGACUCUUCUGUCAUAUUCUUCUUCUCCUAUGUUUCAUCUUCCAACUAAAAGUACUCUAUCAAACUCAUAGCUGUUGGGCUCUUCCUACUGCUCACCUCUUCAUGAAGAAGCCCCAGGUCUUAUUCAUCACCCUGUUGAGUGACCUCAUUGCCCAGUGCUUAGCGCAGUGCUCCCUUCAUAAUCUCUCUGGUUCCAGAUUCUUAUGCUGGCCUCGCUCCUACAUUUAGUUGUCCUAAUCUGUACAUACCAUAGAAGUUCUCCACACCUCUCCAGAAAAAAGUGGUCUUUCCUCAGCCCAGUCCAAAAAUUUGUAACAUGAACCUUUUGGUAGAGUGUUGGGCCAUAGCAGCUGGCCUUUUCGGAGACGCCUCAAAUUCAUUAGUAUCUGUUUUAAACAAGUAGAACAUCCCUUUUUGAAGACUAGUAUCCAGCCUUUCUGAAGGACCCUUCUUUCAUGGAUGCUGAGAACAGCAAAGGUAUUUGCUGUCGUGGCUUUCAGAUUGUGAUUUCACCCCCAUUGGGUUAAUUUCUUUUAAUUCUCUAGGUCUGUCCCAAUUUUACUCUUGUCGUGCACGGACAGGCCAUCCAGCCUCAAUCGUUGACCAGACACUUAGACCCUCCUCAUGCUGUUCACCAGGUUACUAUCAUGAUUGUCAGCCAUAGGUGUAGGACUAGGAAUAUUUGGAGAGUUGUUCUUCCAUCUGGCUAGACGAGUCAGCUGAUCACUGAUCCUACCUGUAAAGCUGUACCAUCAUCUUCACAUUUCCAGAGACCACUGGGAAUUCAUUCUUCCAGGUCACUUUGUUGGUGUCAUUCAUUACCAAAUUAUCCAUUUGGUAAUAACUGCAGUGCUUAUUCCUGCCAAGCCCUACAGGCAUUUUUGGGACUGACUACACAGGAGUCUAAAGUAUCUAAUAUGGUUUGAUGUGGAAACCUGCCCAUCAUGGACAGUUAUGGCAAUAGCAGAUGGCCAGAAGGGUCCUACUAAAUUGAACAGAAACACUUGGAGCCACCAAAUUCCAUUAGCUCUGUUUUAAGCCGUGAGAGACUAAACAAACCCCUGCUAGAAUGAGAAGACCUUCAGCUAAUUUUCUCUACCUUUCAAAGUCAUCAAUGGAAAGUUCUCAAACGGUGAAUAUCUUUUUUAUUGGUUUGUUUGGUUUAUUCUGCUUAGACAGUGUCAGAGGCAACUUGAUAAUUGCUUUAUUAUUUACCUGCUUUAAGGGACUACAUUGGUACUUCAUCUGGAAUGAUUCAGAUGAUUCCAAACCAUUCCCAGAUAAAUGAGCCUAAAUGAAAAUUAAUAGGUUCCUACAUUUAGGCCAUAAUUAAUCUACUUUCCCUGUCCACUACUGUUUAACUUUCUGCCACCAAAAGUACCAGCAAUUGUAGAAGCCCAUUAAAAGAAUAUAGAUAAGCCUGUUUUUUCCUCCUUCCUUGAGAGCCCCAUGUUUGAGGUCUCAGAGUUAUAGAAAGAAGAAUGUAAAGGUUAAUUGGCACUCAAAAGAAACAAGGGUCCCCAGCAGUGAAGAGAACACUGCCUGCCAUCAAUUUUAACUCCUUUUUAGUUGUUCAAGAUCCCUUCUACAUAUAAUCAGAAGGUGUUUCAGGAUGUGAGAAGAUUGAGAGACUAUUUUUCUGCUAUUCUUUGACUUGGUUUUUGUGAGGACUGAUUUCUUAUAGAACACAAUUACCUGUGCUAUGUGUAGGGUGCGAUUUUAAAAUUCUGAUGGUUGAACCUCCUUUCCUCCUGCCCCAAAGGGCAGGGAUUUUGCAGCAGCCAAUUCUGACCUACAUUUUGAGGGGACUUGAAUGGGAAGAAGAAACUGUAAGUUGCACAUAAUGGGGGCAAAUACUCAGUGAUUGCACUGCUUAGGUACAAUCCACGAUCUUUAUUAAUGUUUUUCUGCAGUAAUGAACCAAAGGUAUAAUGUUCUUUAGCCUUAAGAACUGAAGUACAUUGAAUGUAUGGCAACCAGCUGGGGGGAGGGAUGCAUUUGCGUACCCUGUUGUCUGUGUGCCCCUGGAUAGUUUCCUGGUACUAUGUUGUCCCUUUCUGUCCCUGUCUCCCUUGCUUCCCACUGUUAAAGGGGGUAUGAUGUCUCUGUUGUAUGAAGAACUCAUAACCAUUAAAAUGACCGCAUUUUCCUGGUUACAGUCAAGAAGAUGCAUGCCUUGUUUUUACUUUUUUAAGUUUUACUCUAAAAGUAGUUAUGAGAUUUAUAUGAAAACAUUUUUAUCACAAAAUAAAAAGCUUACAUGUCACAGUU